GCAGCACCUCUCGGAGAGACAAUGGCAACUCCAACCUCGGCCCUCGCCACCCUUGUAAUCCUUUCGGCCAUCUUCGGCCUUCUCUGGCCAUCUUGCGUGGCCGAUAAUAUCUUGUACUCAGGUGACACCCUCUACCCGGGCCAGCAGCUCAGUUGGGGACCUUAUACUUUCCCCAUGCAGACGGACUGCAAUCUGGUUCUAUACGACAGUGGGCGUGCCGUUUGGGCUUCUGGCACGUCCGGCAAGGGCUCCAACUGCUUCCUCAGGAUGCAGUCGGAUGGAAACCUUGUGGUCUACGGCAACGACAACACCCCUCUGUGGGCGAGCAACACUGGAGGGAAUCCAGGCAACUAUGUCUGUAUCCUCCAACGAGAUCGGAAUGUGGUGGUUUAUGGCCCGGCGCUUUGGGCCACCGGCACACACACUGUAGGAUCCCCUGGCGUCAUUAUAACCCGGCAGAUCCAGAAUUCCACCGUGGCGAAUGCUGCUGCAGGAGAGCCCAGCAUCAGGAAGAUUGCUAUGGUGGCUCAGAAAUGAUGAUAACGAUCGAUCAUGGUGACUGUGUUCUGAGGCUUUGGGAUACAUAUAUAUAUGUAUGUGCGUGUGUGUAAUAAGCGCGUUGCGUUAAGCGCAGCUUUUCAGCGUGUCCAAAAGCUGUCGUUUAUGGUUUUCCUCCUCUCUCUUUGCUGUGCGUCGUAAGUUAAUUUCUACAUAUUGGCAGAUAUGCCGCUGUCAUGCAUGGAUCCCCACGUUUUGAUAUUCCUUGAUCUUUUCCUAGCUA